AACGCAAAUAUAAGCAAAUACAUAUACACAUAUUAUUUAACCAGCGUGAGCAAACGGCGACCAACUCUUAUAGCAAUUAAGCAUCCACCUUAUCGACUACGCUUUGCAACCCUACAGACCACCUACGUAGACGCCGUGUAAUAGCGACGCUUACGCCACAGCCUACACAUGGGUCGCCGCAAAGAUAAGCCGCGUCUCAUACCGGAACAGGAUAAGCGCAUCUGUCGCGCCAUUUGCCUCUGCCAAUUGACCAUGGUCUUGUCCUGUGUGUCCAUCGUUUACCUGAGCGUUGCCAUCUAUUCGCCAUCACUUAAAGCAUUCAAAUCUGGUUUCGAACUCGACCCCGUUAUGUGCCAAACGGUCGAUCGCCAAAUGCCAAAUAACUGYCCGUGGGCCUCAUGUGGCGAAUGGUGUCUGACGCGUACAAGUGGGUUUUGUCCACAAAUACACUCGGUGGUGCGGCGUAACGGUACCGAUAUUCAACUCAAUAAUUGCACACGAAUCGCCAAUACAUCCUGUGCCAUGAUCGACAUGAAUCGUUUGAAUAAAUUCAACUGCAAUAACGGCACAGUUUGUAAUAAUAUUCGUGGCGUCUUCAACUGCUCCAAUGGUCACUGCAAAAACAUGUCCGAAUUCUUUUUGUGUCAUCAUAAGCCUGAUGGCCCAACUAUUAACUCCGCAAAGGACAAUACGAAAUUGAAUGGAUUUUUCGAGUGUCACGGCGUACACUGCACGAAGAUCAAGAAGCCGUUCACAUGCGAUCGUUACUGCACGAAGAUUACAACGACAUCGAUCAAUGUGCUGUUAAUGCAUGAAGACACCGUUAUCACCGCCGAUUGCGACACCGCUGUUGCCUUCAAUGAGGCACGCGGCAGCGAACAUGGUGUUAAAAUUGAACCCACCGAAAUCUGGAAGGAUGRAGACGGUCAACUGCUGACAAAUUGCGCUACGGUGAAGCGAGAGGGCGACAAGAUAAUCGCAACGGACUGCCUGAAUGGCACCAUAUUGGAAACAGGCACACUGCCACAACCAUUCAUGAAUUUCACACAAUUCUGGAGCAUAUAUGCGAAUAGCACACAUUCCGUCGAUCCAGAACAACGUUUCCUACCUAAUCAGGCCAAUCUGACAAUUUACACGUGGAAAAAGUUAUAUAUCAAUUUGGAGGGCUGCGUGAAUACAUUGCGAGGCGAAUGCAAGGAUUUCGUGGCACGCUAUGGCAACGAUGGCGAUAACAACACGGCGCAGUCACGCUAUCAGUGUUACUACAACAAGGAUCCAGCUGUGGAGUUUGUGGUGGCACGCUACGACUUGGACAAGGUCUAUCGUGAGCUGUUGGUGUCGCUAAUUGUGCCGAUUAUUUUGUUUGUGGUUUCAUCGAUUUCACUUUGCAUAAUCACAAAAUUGGUCAAGGUUGGCGACGAUGCCAAAAUGCGCUGCGUCUGCUCGGGUGAUGACUCCGACUUGGAGGAUAACUAUCGUGGUAAACAACGCAAGCAGGGCACAAAAAUCUACGAAACGGACGACGAUAUGGAUAUCAGGCGCAGAAAUGUCGAGGAGGAACCACCCAUCGACACACACGAAAUGAUCGGUAGCACGAAAUCGCUGAUACCGUUAAGUCCUGCCACCGAAUCGGGCACCAGUGAUCGUACCUACGACGAUGAGAAAGCUUCCAGAUGCGACGCGCCCGAAAAGCCACUCGUCGAGCUUUAA